GGAUACGCAAGUUGUCCAAAGGGUCAAUCAAUCAAGGUCCUUGACAACGUAUGUGAAAAACUCCAUACUGGCGGAGUAGCAGAUAGUCUCAUUUACAUUAUUGUUGAAGUACCGAAGCGAGUUUCGAAAGGGAUCGAGAUCAGCUAGAGAAUGACGAGAGUGAUAGGAGUUCCCUCAAAAAGGCCAAGCUAGAAAACAUGAGCCUACUGGAGACGAUUAGUGCAGCAGGACUUGCCCAAAAGGCUUUAAUAAACGGUGUUCCACGCCUGCGGAGCCUUAUGAGUAAAGAACUGGUUUCAAUACUUAAAAAUAUUGGCGCCAUGGUGGGAGAGGAUAACCACUACUAUUCACUUUCUGUGAUCAACAUGAAUGAUCUGUACGUAAGGUCAGCUUUCAAAAAACUCUACGACACGGUCGUCAAGGAUUUUUAUAUAAAUAGAGAUGAUAGAGAGCCUGCAACCAAAAUUGUUGUCACAGGGACAGCCGGUAUAGGGAAAUCAUCCUUUCUCGUAUACUUCGCCAUCCGGCUGCUUGCCGUUAGCAAUGAGGAAGACCCGCCUAUUACCAUCAUCCAGAAAAAGGAAAGUUCAAAGUGCUAUGCUUUCGGUGGACGAUAUGUUGUUCGAUAUGGGGACAUGGAGGAUUUCAUGCCCUUCCUGCAACUAUCCAACACUUGGUUCCCAGUCGACAGUGCACCAUCACCAGAGCUCACACAAGCCAGGACUAUCUUCUCGGUAUCACCAAGAACUUUACUUUCUAGCGCGAAUGGGUACCAAGAAAUCAUGAAGAGG